CAACUUCCGAGUCUGGACUAUUCACACAGAGAGAGAGAGAGAGAGAGAGUUGAAAUGGAAGAGUUAAGAAAGCUAGAAGAGGUACAGAGAACACUGACGUUUCUUCAAUCGCGAGGCAUCACAAAUGACAAUGACGACUGUAAUUGCUUCCUUUCCAAGCUCACCCUCCUCCUGGUACAACCUUGUGGGGAGCUUGAUUUGGAAAACAAGUGUGCUUUGGUUUCUGAGUAUAUGCCGAAGAUAUCUGCUGCAAUUCUUGAUGAAGCAUCUAGCAACCUCACCGGCAAAGGCUAUGAAGAAAAUUGUGUUGAAAAUUCUUUGCCCCUUGACUUUGGCCACAAGUCAGAGUCUGGUCCAUUGCAAACUAAUUUUGAAGAAAUAGCUAUGGUGGGACUGGAUGCAAUGCAACGAGCAAAUUCAACUCUCGAAGAUUUUUGCAGGUCUUAUUUUAUGUUUCAUGGCAUGGAUAUAAACAAACCACAAUCAGUAUUCCAAUAUCUUCCUAUGCUUUCAUUUGUAGAAAGUUACAUUUAUCAGCUUGACGAUUUGAAUGAGAAGACGGUGCAAGCAUCAAGCAGUGAAAUGACCAUUUCAGAAAGAGGAACUGCAGUGGAAGGUCUUGGGAAAAUUUCUCAGUUUUCAAAUGUGUUUAAAAGUGAUCCUUUCAGGCCACUCGAAUGUCUACUUGAAUCCCAUGUCCUUUUGACAAAGAGAAUGCAAGAUGAAUUCAAGUGUGGAGAAGAGUAUUGGGCUCUGGAAAGAAAACUUUGUCAUGCACUUAAUAAUAAAUUGCAGAUCUCAGUUGAAGAUGCAAUGAAGGCAAUUCAUCUCAAAUCCUUUGAUUAUCGAGUGCUGAAUCUUUUACUGUACCAGUUGAGAGGAGAAAAGGUCAAUGAGUUGCACAUGGAAUUUCUGUCUGUCUCAGAAUUCCUAGUUGAAGUAGCUGAUGAUUUGUUUGACUAUGAGGAGGAUGUAUUAGAAAAUAAUUUCAAUAUAUUGCGCAUGUUUGUCAGAAUAUAUGGAGCUUCUGCCCCUACAGUGCUGGCAAAAUACAUAACUGAGGCCGAAGAGAAGUACAAUCAAGUGUUGAAAGCGUUGGAUCCUCAGCUGUCUAUGCAUUACCAGAGAAGAUGUGUAGAAGCCACUAAAGAAGGAGGGAAUAUGUCAGGGCAUCCUCUCGGAACAUGGAGCAUACCACCUCUAAUAUUAGAUGAGGAAUUCUAUCGAUGCAGUCUAUUAGAUACAAAAUAAGCAGUUGUAACCUUUGAUUUAAACAGUUGGAUUUUGGUGUAGUCAAUAAAAUGGGUUUUUCUUUUCUUCGCUAUA